AUGAAACACAAACCAGAGGCGAAACACAAUUCCACAAUUCUUCAGCUUAUUGACUUGAUAUCAAAUGCACAAGCCUUGAAGCAGAAGUUUAAUCUAGUCGGCAUCAUCACAUCGUCGGUGCUGAAGACGGCGACGGAGGCGAGGAAGCGGAUGCUGGGACCCUUCAGCCCGACGUUCAAUGUGGAGAAGUUGCUGCGGGAGGGCCUCCUCAGCGUGCUGCCCGAUGACGCCCACAAGAUAGUCAGUGGGAAGCUGUUCAUCUCCGUGACGCGUGUGAGUGAUGGAAAGAAUAUUUUGCUUUCACACUUCGAGACGAGAGAAGAACUUAUUCAGGCCCUCCUAUGCUCCGCCUUCAUCCCUGGCUUCAGCGGGUGGGCGUGUCCCAAAGUAGGCGGAGUCAGGUACAUCGACGGAGGCUUCACGGACAACCUGCCGGAGGUGGACGCCCAUACGGUGACGGUGGCGCCCUUCUGCGGCGAGGCGGACAUCUGCCCCAAGGACAACACGGCCGGGCUCAUCACGGUCAGUCUUGCAAACACCAGCAUAGAACUGAGCAAGGAGAACCUAUAUCGGUUUGCGCGCAUCCUCUUUCCUCCUCCUCCUGAGGUGCUGAACAAGAUGUGUCAACAGGGAUUCAAUGAUGCUCUCGAUUUCUUGCAACGGAACAACCUCAUCAAUUGCACACGAUGCCUGGCAGUUCAGUCUCGGUUCAAUCUGACGGAAACUCACGAGGACACGCACCUAAGCCUCCAUGACAUGGACUGCCUCGACUGCAGCAGACAGCGCAAUGAGGCCAUCCUCGACCAACUCCCGGAGGCUGUGGGCUGCAUACUCCAGGACGCGAUCAACAAGGCGAACCAAGGGCUGAUGAACUGGGUCUUCAAACACAGGUCCAUGAAGCUGCUCUCGGUCCUCACGCUGCCCUACAUCCUGCCCAUAGACAUUGCGUACGCGGCGUUCCUCAAGUUCAUGAGUUCGACCCCCAGUGCCAGCGACCUCAAGACCCUAGGCAAGCAGAUCGUUGACCUUGUGCAAGCCCUCAUGCAGUCCACCACCAAGUCGAGCCUAUACCACCACCACCACCACCACGACAGCAAGUUCUCCUGCCAGCUGGCUAUUACCGAGUUCUCAGGCGACACAGAGCUCCACAAUCGUCAUAACUUCGACUUUACGCUGGAUCUUGAUGACUUGGAAGGCGUUCCAGAGAGCCACAAGGACGCGAUGGCUCUGGAGUCGGAGGCCCUGUCGCAGGUGGCCCUCCGCUGCGCCGUGCGGUCCAUGUCGCGUCCUGGCUCCCGCAUGGCCUCUCGUGCCGCGUCCAGGGCUGUGUCGAGGGCCGUGUCGCGCCGUCCGUCCGUCAACGACCUCACAAACCCAGAAGAGCUGGAGACUGCUCUACCCGUCACAACCACUGUCAUGAGCGACGAUGCCUUCGAGCAGAUUCUCGACGUUACGACGCACCAGGAGGCUCUCAUGGCCUACUAUUACCUUGACGAUAAUAAUGAGGUUCGCGUCACGGAGAUCUUUGACAUGACGGAGACUGACGGCGGCAACGGAGGGGGACCCCACGACGACAGCUAUGGGGGUAUAGAAAUCGACUCCGAGACGUGGCACUCCGAGGGGCACUGGUCGCAGAGGAGUCGGACGGAUUCGAUGGGUUCCGAGGGCUAUCACGAGGGAGGUCUGAGCAUGUCAAUCCCUUCAGACACGGAAUCGGAACACGGGCACAGGGUCAUGAGACAGCCUGAGUCUGAGCAGAUCUACUCCUCGUCCCCUAAACGCCGACCGUCAUAUGCCAUCAUUGAAUGAGAACGUGGCAUAAAAUCAGAGUCGUCCUCGCCUGGGUAAUUUCACGCCCAAGCUCUCUUUAACUGGCCACUCAGCUGUCCAGUUAGUAGGUGGUUCUCACAUCUGGCCAUUCAAUCUUUCGUCUGUUUUGUCAUUCAUUCGUUCAGUUGUCUGGUUGAUUGGUCCCUCUCGUGCUGCGGCAUUCUCUCGUUUAGUGGUUCUCUCAUUCGUUCAUCCAGUCAUCUGGUUGUUUGGUCGUUCAGUCGUUUUGUGAGAUCCCUCUUCAUCUUCCUGAAACUCCUAUGACUGCCAAAUGUGUGUUUGCUGUGUGUAUAUGUACAUAAGUCUUACCAUGAGAUUUUUUAUCCAUUAGAAUUGACCUUUUAGGAAGGUUGAGGCUAAUUUU